AUACACAGAUACAUUCUUGAACGAGUGAUACGUUCUAGUGCAGUGCUCCCAGAUUAUUUGAGAUCCUCACAUCCUUGUUAGACGGAGAAGUGGAAAAGUGAGAGAUAGUUUCUCAGGAACCGGACAAAUCAAGUGGCCUUUGUCAAAGCCAAAGAUAACGCAUCUUGGGGACUAUCGCCCAUAUUGAAGCGGCCUUAGACUGGCAGUUGUGCGGAGUGAUCACACAAGAUUUGAAGCGGAUCUGAAGAGGAAACCAGUGUUUCUGUGAUGCGUACCACUUGUGCCAGCAGCCUUGUUUGAUGGCCAGGGGUGGAAUCUUUUACGCCCUCGUUUGUCAAAACAUGGUUGCUCAUACUUCCAACACUAUCGAUGUUUUCGGCCAUAUGUCCUCAUCUUGUUCCACGGGAAACUUCAUAGCUGACCGCGAGAUUGCGAAGAACGUUGAUCAAUCGCGCCAAGAUGAGGCAAGACCGUCGCAAGAAAGGUCGUUUGAACUCGAUACUGAACAAUCAAGAACCAUCCUCAAGUGCUCAACCUCAAUUGUCUCCCAAUCGACGCGUUUGUCCUUCACCAAGAGAAACUUCGAAGAACUUGCGUUCAAUGAUGAUCUCGUGGGAGAUCGAUUGUCAUCCCUCGGACUCAAAUGUGUCUUUGAAAAAGCCAACCUUACAAUAAUUCUUACUGGCGAUUGCACUAGUUCCCUAGAGCUGGGCUCCAAGCUACUCAGCCAGUGGGUUCACAUGGAAAACAAUCUGGGCUCCAAUCCCGUCCAAGUGUCCGACAAACAUGGUCAAAUCAAGAGCCGAUCCGCCCUAGGGCUGGAAGAGUUGGCUCGAGCCAGUAGUGAGGUGUCACCCAGUUCGUCGAAGAUUGACAGAGAAUCCUCCUGUUAUGGCCCUGUUCCUAUGAAGUCUUGGGUUAGUGAAGGAGUACAUAGACAUCCUCCAUUGUACUCGAGAUCAUCGUUACCUUUCGAAGUUGGGCAUGGAACCCCGCCACCUGGUCAGUGGUCGUCUUCACAAGAACCCAUCCGUAAGAGUUUAGCCCCUGGAUUGGGAGGUUCUCACCUUCCUAUCACUCGCACGGUGAGCGAUUCCUAUAGUCAACAAAAACGUCAAUACACUGCUUUGUGCUCAUCCCGCCGGAAAUUGGAAUCAGAAGACUCGAGCUAUGACUCUGAUCACGAUAUCCAUGAUCACCAGCCAAACAAUGCGAUCAUUCUGAAAGCACCCUCGGUGCAGAUAUCCAAGUCUCAUGAUGACGUUUCCCGAACUCCUUCAGAGACUCUUGGUGUUGAGUUCGCGGAGCACGUGAAUCUGUAUCAAGGUCCACCCAGAAGCCGUGAACCCAGUCCUGGUCAACCCCAGGUGGUUGUGGUUAACCAUGAUGCUAAUGAAGAUCAAGAUCGGUUGGAGCGAAUCAUCAACGAUCCUACCUAUAACUCGAAAGUGGAGUACGCCCUUCGAUUGGGCUAUUCAGAAUCUCUAUUGCAAAAAGCCUUGGUCAAACUAGGCCUAGAUGCUCAAUUGAACCAACUUUUGGAAGAACUCAUUCGACUCCAGACUUCAAAGCCUUCGUUUAGUGAGGAUACUAGCGAUGGAACCCACAAAGUCGUUGGUCGAGAAGACUCAGUGGUUGGCCUGAGUGGAGGCAAGAGUUUUUUAUACACUUCCGAAGAAGAUCCUCUACUACCAAUAGUGAUCGAUGGCUCGAACGUUGCCAUGAGCCACGGGAACAAGGAUGUUUAUUCUUGCGUUGGAAUUCGAAUCUGUGUGAAUUGGUUUCAAGCUAGAGGGCAUAAGGACAUCACUGUAUUUGUGCCAAAAUGGAGGAAAGAAACUUCUCGACCAGACACUCCCAUAACAGAUCAACAAGUCCUCUUGGACUUGGAAAAAGAACGCCUUUUGGCCUUCACACCCUCUCGUCAAGUCAGUGGAAAACGUUAUGUUUGCCAUGACGAUCGAUACAUUCUGAAUUUGGCCGCAGAAACGGGCGCGGUCGUUGUUAGUAAUGACAACUACCGAGAUCUGAUCAACGAAAAACCUGAAUUCAAGAAGGUUGUGGAGGAGAAAAUUCUCAUGUACUCGUUUGUGAAUGACAGGUUUAUGCCGCCAGAUGAUCCUUUGGGUCGAAAUGGUCCCACUUUGGACUUAUUUUUAAAGCGCAAACCUACUUAUGGCGACCUUCAACGGUGUCCGUACGGGAAAAAAUGCACCUAUGGGAAUAAGUGCAAGUUUUUUCAUGCUGAGCGAGGAAACCAGCCUCAAAAGAGCAUCACUGACAAACUUAAGGAACAUUCAUCCCAAAAAAUUAAUGAAGUUCGAGCUCGAACUCAUUCCAGGGAUUCCUCACCGGGUGAUCCACUUCUUACCCGAACUCGAUCCAUGCUCCCGCUUAGAACGGACACGGGGGGUUACAUGUUGGCCCACGAGAAGCAAGCUCUUUGUCGCACACGAUCUACCAUGCCACGCCUCUCCAUGAAUCACGGUCAUGAUGCGGUGGCCAAACAACCCCAAGUAUUAGCUCACACUCAAUCGCAACAAACUUGCGCACAAGCUCACAUACCGCCCAACCAGCCGCCGUUCUGGCACAAUUCGACCCAUUGCACGAUCCAGCAGACUGUGAGUUUGGGGCCUAAUAUGAUACAAAUGUUCCAUGGCUCAGAUCCGAGUCGAAGCUUCAGCUACGAAAACGUUGCUGCUGAACACGAGAAGGGUCAGUCUCAUUGGCCGAAUCAGAUGAAAUAUCCCACUUACAACAUGCCCGAUACAAGCAUGCCUCCACCCCCUCCAAGAGGACCGUGGAAUCAAUCGUCUGGGUCAGCUCAGGGAUUGAGAGGUGAGGAGCCUCAAAUGGAUGCCAACAAUUCUCAUAGAAAAUUGGCCCGUCAACUUACUUUGAACCCUUUAAAUGACCCCCGUAUUCGACACCAUCAACAUCACCAGCCCCCGCCCACUCCCCCCACCAUCCCAUUCCCUCCACCUACUUGUCUUCCACCACCAACGUACUCGUCCACCAACACAUUACCGCCCUCUCUACAUGCCACAGUCACGAGAAAUGCCUCGGCCCCUGAGCAAUCAUUCAUGAAGAACAUGCACGAGCAGCAAAGUCCGGGAAUCACCCUUACACCCAGCCCCAUUGGAGAGGGUGGCCCCCUCCAACAGGUCGGCCACGGUCGCCUCCAAAGAAACAAUUCCACGUCGGAUUCUCAACUGCACAAGGCUCUCUCAGAGAGUUUUAACGAGUUGACGUGGAAGCCUUCUGAGAAAGGUAACCUGGCCACCAAUACCAAUGUGGCUGUUUCUCCCCUGAUUGGGUCUUCCGAUGGCGUUUGGGAGGCUUCCUCCAUGACAACGAUGAGCAAUGCCUCGGGUGAUGCCGAUACUGCUCGCUCCAAAUUGUAUUACCAUCUGGCCCAGCUCUUUCCUGAAGACCAGGUCAUCAUGGCUAUGAGUGCCCUCCCCGAGGAAACCAAUGUCCAAAAGAUAUGUGCUUACAUUCUAUUCAACAACAAUAACAACAAGAAGCCGUCGUAAUUGUCAAACGACCCUUUAAUUCCAAGUCCUAGUUUGAGUUGGAAGUCACAUUUUGGUGACGCGAUCCACUCGACUGAAUCAGUGAUGGAAAGUCAUUCCGUCUCAAAAACCCAUGCUUACGUUAUCCAUGUACUACUUGAUUAUCACACACCAUUACGGUAAUUGUAGCAUGAGUGUAUGUCCUGAAGAUAUUCAUCCUGUUUUUGUAUGGUAAUGUGUGUUGUUCGAAGGUCGUAGUGGUUUACCACCGACGUCCCUUCGUUCUUAACUUACUCUGUCUCGGUUGUUUUGUUGUUCCAUGUCUCAGUCAGCUUUCUCAAAGUUUCUUUCCCGUCUUUGAAGUCCUUAAUCAUUCAUUCAUUCAUUCCCUCACUCACCCGCUCACUCGCUCACUCACUCACUGACUCACUCACUCACCUACCUACUCACCCAUCUCGAGGUGUUAUUUGCAAUUGUCUCUUGAAUAAUCAUUAGAUAUGGCAUGGUACUUUUCGAAGGAACAAGACAUCAAUAUAUUUUUCUCUAACCGCAGUUUUAAAAGCUUCUUUACGUAGAGAUGGAAGUGAUAACAGCCAUUGUCGUCGUUUUUUCCUUUACUGCUGACAAACUGCAUGUAUACCCAUUAUUGUGCACUCAAUUGCAACCACGUGUUACUCAUACAAAAUUACCUAUCAAUACUGUGUAUUGGAUUCUCUUGUAUAGCUCAUAGCUUGGAAGGCAGUAAAGUGAAAAUGAAAUAAAUGAUUCAAAUGUCUU